UUAUUUUUUUCAGUGUGGAGAAACAAGUAUCUAUUAAAUGAAAUACAAAGACAUCACAGGUUAUAUAAUGAAAAUAAAAUAAUAUGUAUUGACAAAUCAAUGGAUCAACUUAGAUACCAUCCACACAGAAGAUAUGCAACAGAAAUUAUAAUUAAUGUUAAUGAACCAUUAGAACCACAUGGUCAAUUAAUACCCUAUGAUUUAUUCCUAGAAUCCUUUAAUCAACCUUUAAAAGCUGGUGACUUACCGAUAACAUGUAAACAUCUAUAUCUUUGCUCUUACAAUCAACCCUUUCAACCAAAUAUUCUUCCACCUCAAUUAGAAAUAUUAUUUUUAUCAUCCUUUAACCACCCACUAUCAUACGGUGUACUUCCAGAAUCAAUCACUGAACUAAGCAUGAACGAAUUUGAUCACCCAUUAUCCAACUCUCUAUCAGCACUACAUUCAUUAAAAGUACUCUAUUUACCAAGGUUUUAUCAAGUUAUAAAACCAAAUGAACUUCCACCAUCAAUAACUAAUCUCACUUUAGACGAAUAUAACCACCCACUUUUAGACGGUGUACUUCCAGAAUCAAUCAAUUUUCUACUAAAAAAACUAAUACUCCCAAAUCACCAUUCCCAACCUCUUCAAGUCGGUACUAUACCCAAUUCAGUUACAUAUUUAGCAUUACCUAAAUUAUCUAGUCCUCUUCAAGUAGGUGUAUUACCAGAAUUUCUCACUAAAUUAACAUUUGGAAGAGGAUUUAAUCAACCUAUUGACCCAGCUACCAUUCCACUAUCUAAAUACAGUUCGAUUGGAUUUAGCUCUGGAUCAUUUAAUCAACCUUUAAAAGCUGGUGACUUACCGAUAACAUGUAAAUAUCUAUAUCUUGUCUCUUACAAUCAACCCCUUCAACCAAAUAUUCUUCCGCCUCAAUUAGAAAUAUUAUUUUUAUCAUCCUUUAACCACCCACUAUCACACGGUGUACUUCCAGAAUCAAUCGCUGAUCUAGGCAUGAACGAAUUUGAUCACCCGUUAUCCAACUCUUUAUCAGCACUACAUUCAUUAAAAGAACUCGAUUUACCAAUGUUUAAUCAAGUAAUAAAACCAAAUGAACUUCCACCAUCAAUAACU